AUGUCUGUAGACAAACGUACUCUGAUCGCAGUCAUCGGCGAUGAAGACACAACUACCGGUUUAUUGCUAGCUGGUAUUGGCCAAAUCACUAAAGAGACUAACGAAAAAAAUUUCUUCAUCUACGAAGAUGGUAAAACUACAAAGGAACAAAUUUUAAAUAAUUUCAUCAAUUACACUCAAGAGAGACAAGACAUCGCUAUUCUGUUGAUAAACCAACACAUCGCAGAAAAAAUUAGAAGCGAUAUAGAUAACUACACUAAUGCAUUUCCCGCCAUCUUAGAAAUACCUUCUAAAGAUCAUCCUUAUGAUCCUGAAAAGGAUUCCGUAUUGAAGAGAGUGAGAAGAUUAUUCGGGGAAUAA